GUCGUGUGUCGUGCUUUAACUCCCUCCUUUUCCUCCAAACACACGAACGCGAGUAACACCGGCAGCUUUAACGUAACUGUUAUCUCACUGUCACCGGAGGAGGAACGUCGCGUGAAGCCAUAAUAAUCCGGAAUAACGGGAUAAAACAGCAGGAUCCGAGAUCUGCCAGAGGACGCUGAAUCGACUGAAAUCCCAAAUCCAAAAACACAAAGACGUGCACUCUGACGCCUUAAACACACACACUGAAGAAGUACAGGGAGCCAGAUAAAUGGCUGACAAGCAGAUCAGUUUGCCUGCCAAGCUAAUAAACGGCGGAGUGGCGGGACUGAUCGGCGUUACCUGCGUGUUUCCCAUCGAUCUGGCCAAAACCCGCCUUCAGAACCAGCAGAAUGGAUCGCGCCUCUAUACCAGCAUGUCAGACUGCCUUAUUAAGACCAUCCGGUCAGAAGGAUACUUCGGCAUGUACAGAGGUGCGGCGGUGAACUUAACUCUUGUCACUCCUGAAAAAGCCAUCAAGCUGGCGGCAAAUGAUUUCUUCAGAUUUCACCUCUCUAAGGACGGGCAGAAACUCACUCUACUGCGAGAGAUGCUGGCUGGCUGCGGGGCGGGAACAUGUCAGGUCAUCAUUACAACACCAAUGGAGAUGCUGAAGAUUCAGCUGCAAGAUGCAGGAAGAAUUGAGGCCCAGAGGAAGCUCAUGCCUCAGGCUGUGACCCCCGGGGGCCCCGUGGAGGUGAAGUCCCCCACAGCUAUGCAACUCACCAGACAGUUACUGAAGGAAAAGGGCAUCGCGGGUCUUUACAAGGGCCUGGGAGCCACACUGCUCAGGGAUGUGCCGUUUUCUAUCAUUUAUUUCCCUCUGUUUGCUAAUCUGAAUAAUCUGGGGAAGAGAGGAGCUGACGGUCCCGCUCCCUUCUACGUCUCGUUCAUAUCGGGCUGCGCUGCGGGCAGCACAGCCGCCGUCGCUGUCAACCCUGUAGACGUGAUAAAGACCAGGCUACAGUCGCUGACACGAGGGAGUCAAGAGGACACUUACAGCGGGGUGUCCGACUGCAUCAGGAAGAUUUUACGCAAUGAAGGUCCCGGUGCUUUCCUGAAGGGGGCGUACUGUCGAGCUCUCGUCAUCGCGCCGCUCUUCGGCAUCGCUCAGGUGGUUUACUUCCUUGGCGUAGGCGAAUUCCUCUUGAGCUACCUGCCCAAACGAAACAACUAACCACCCGUCCCAUCAUGCAUUGCACCAGUCGCCCCCCCCUCACAGGUCGCCAUUACCGAAGGAUCAAAGCGUAACGUGGACCAGUCUGACUGAUUUUAAUCGUUUGUUGUCGUGCCGUUUUUGUUCAAAGCGCCGUGUAUUUUUAUCUGAAUGUGGUGGUUUUAAUACUGAGCGUAAAGUGAGAUUGUGUUUGCCAAGCUGCCUGUUUUUUUUUUUGUCUCGUCUGGUCUCACGCUGAGACAAAAUGAUGUUCUUUUACGAGCGUUUAAUCGUUGAGCCAUCGUCCGAUCACUGAUAUUUAAAGCGUAAAAUCAACACUUUGAAUCGUAGAGCUCUUGUUAAUUAUGUACUGAAUUAUCAACCCAACAUGAAGCUCUUUCUAAUUGUUAAUUUCCUGGAACAAGAGGACAUGUCAUGUUGAUUAGUUUGCCCUUUAUAUUAGCUGUUUCCAUCUUUCUUACGACCAACUCUGAAUGCUUUCCUUCUGGGUUCAGAAUGACCUUGAGGAAAAGUGGAAAGACUAAAGUCCAAAGUGUGACCUGAGAGCAGCAUAUCUUUGUGCCCUAUCAAAGCUUUAUUCAGCGUAUAUUUCAAAAUUACACCUCGGCUCGGAGGUUAACUCAAUUUCAUUUCUCAGAAAAGCUGACAAAGACAUAUCUGUGAAUGGGAAAUGUGAAUUAGACUUGAAAGCGUCUCUCAAAUUGACAGAAUCAAAAUGUAAAUGCCUCCAACCAGGGGCGUAGCGGCCAUUAAAACUUCUGGAAAGUUCCCAGACUUUAGGAGAUAAUCAUUAUAGAUUAUGAGAUUCGUUUUGCAUGGCCACAGCACAAAGAAAAUUAGUGUAAAUGAUUUUUAUUUUUGGCGGAUCUGACUCAAAUCUGUUUCACUACUUGAAGCUUGAACAGGAAAAUUAGCAUUAAAUAUGGUCUUAAAGCUCAUUUAAACCACAUUUUUAGGUGGUUUGAAGUUUAAUUAAUACAUUUUGGGUAUAGCAAGUCGUUUUUUCCUCAUUUAGGACAAAGUGUGCAGUAGUUUCGCAAAUGUUACCGGUAUUGUUAUUGCUAACUAAAAUUACAACUAUUAAAAGCAUUUUUGUUAUAAAGUAUAGCUGAAAUAAAACUGAAAUAAAACAGAAAUGUCAGGUGGAAAAAUUGAACUAAAUGAAAAUUAGAAAUGUUUGGAAUUAUUCAAUUAUAUUUGGAAUGAUUAAAAAAGUGACAAUAGCACAUACUAAAAUUACCGAAAUUUUAACUAAAAUUAAAAUGAAAAUGGGAAUUGUUUUAUAAAAAUAAAAGUUAAUUCAAAAUAUAAACUCUAAUAGUAUAUAAAUAAAGUGAAAAUAAGAAAUGUUGCUUUGGGAACUAACUGAAAUAUUUAAGUACUAAAAUGACUGGAAAAACUGGAAUAAAAAUAAAUUAAAACUAUUUCGGAUUAUUUAAAAAAACACAACAAAACAAAAGCAAAUAACAAAAUUAUUAAAAAAAAAAUCUUAACAUUAAAAUAAAACGGAAAUGAAUAUUAUAAAAAUAAAAGCGAAUUCAAAAUAUCAAUAAAAACUAUAUUAGUAUAUAAAUAAUACUAAAAUAACUAGUUGUGUCUGGGUAAACAUCAUGUGACCUAAUUAAUAUUCAUGAGCAAAGCUAAUGCAUUUUAUAUUGUGUCCCACCUACUGCAAACCCACUUCAGCUAGUUACAGGUUUCCCGCUACGAAGAAAUUACUAUAAUAUUAUUAUGAAAACUUUCGCAAUCCAUAAUGCAGUUUCUACGUUCAUAUCUGUCGGUUAAGAUUUAAGAAAGGAUACUAAUAUACUAAAUCAACAGAAAAAAACGCCAAAGUAAUGUGCAUAUCAAUUGUAACCUUGUGAACUAUGAUGGGCGGAGCUAAUAAUCAUGAAUAUUAAUGCCCAUUGGUUGUUUUAUUAGUCAUUCCAAGUUGUCCGA